GAGCAGACGUGUCAGUGCACGCCUCUGCGGCGUCUGUCUGCAGAAACAUAAAAACUCAAAUACCAAACCAACGCCACGGUCUCAGAGAGGAGGAGGAGGACGGACUGAAGGACUCACAGAUCCUCAGAGUCUCACAGAAACUGUGAAAACCAUCUGCAGGAGAGUUUCUGAAGUUCUCCUCUGUGGCUCAGAGAAGGUCACGGUUCGGUUCUGCUGAACUUUGUCGGGUGGUUUUUCCCCUCGCCGUGACUCUCAUUCAUGGUCGGGGGAAGAAGGAAGCUGGACGUCGGUGUCACGCUCUGAGCGUCCGUGCCGUUGACUCCUCUCCAAAAGUAGAAAUGCCUCUGCGCCUCCUCCGCCUCCUCCGCCUCCUCUGCACAAAGAUGAAGCCAAAAUCUUUCCAGGCAUUAAAUCUGACAUUUGGAGUCGCGGUCCUGACAUCCCGCCUCCUCCCACGAUGUUUACGGCCGCAGAGAGAGUCGACGUUAAAGAUGUCGCACGUGAAAAACAAAGAAGGAUAAUAAGGAGAGCUCUGAUUGAUCGAUUGAAUCUGUAUUAGCCCGUUUACACGGGUCCAAAAAGGUCAAUCAGAUUCAGAAUGUCUCAUAGAAACACCUUCUGAUUAAUUAGCCAAUCUGAUUCACCAGAUCUGAUUGUAUUUCGGGUCGGAUUGUAAGAGUCUACGCCGAUCGAUAAUCCGGAGUGGAGCGGAUCGGGUUCACAGAGAGGCGCUCCGUGAUACGUAGGAGCAGAGCGCGCCCAAACGAAAACAAACAUGGCGAUUAACUGCUGUGACUUCAGAGCCGCAAAUAAAUGAAACCACAUCACAAUAAGGGUCCCCAACAAAACCCGACGCGGAUCCAUCUUUCUACAGGUAAACAGGAAGCAGGAAGUGCACCUCCUCUUCUCUUACAGUGUCAGAGUGUAAAAAAAACAGUCGGAUUCAGCUGGGGCUGCAAACGCAGACGGAACGUGGACCUCUUUACUUAAAGGUCAUGUAAACAGAUGGAAUCAGAUUCACUUAAUCCGAUUGAUUUCAAUCAGAUUGAGGAAAACGACCCAAAUAAACGGGUCCACUGAUUGGACAGAGGCAAGUGCAGAGACAUCAGCUGUGUCUGAAAUGACCUAUACUGCAGCCCGUCACCAGAGGGCGCUGUCCUCGGAGUGUCAGAUCUAUUAGUGUAGCUCUAUGUUAUCUAAUGUCAGAUCUAUUAGUGUAGCUCUAUGAUGUCUAAUGUCAGAUCUAUUAGUGUAGCUCUAUGAUGUCUAAUGUCAGAUCUAUUAGUGUAGCUCUAUGUUAUCUAAUGUCAGAUCUAUGAGUGUAGCUCUAUGUUAUCUAAUGUCAGAUCUAUGAGUGUAGCUCUAUGAUGUCUAAUGUCAGAUCUAUUAGUGUAGCUCUAUGUUAUCUAAUGUCAGAUCUAUUAGUGUAGCUCUAUGUUAUCUAAUGUAAGAUCUAUUAGUGUAGCUCUAUGUUAUCUAAUGUCAGAUCUAUGAGUGUAGCUCUAUGAUGUCUAAUGUCUAACCCCGUGAGGAGACAGACAGCGUCUAUUCUAUAUACAGUCUAUGGGAUCAUCUUAACCCGCUCUCCCCUACAGGGGAGUGUGUCUUUAAGGUGAACCCGGGUCAGAGUGUGAAACAACACUGAGGGCUGACUGUGUACAUCUAUAUAGAGCAGAUCUAUAAUGUUAGUAUGUUCCUGCACACACACACACACACACACACACACACACACACACACACACACAGCUGUAGGCGGACUGACUGACUGACUGUCUGACUGCUUGUUGGAGGAGGAGGAGGAUCAGGACACACAGGGAGGCUUUGUGGUCUCCGGGACAAAGAGCUGGUCUCACUCGCCUGCCGUCGCUGAUCGGAGUCACAGUGGACUAAACCGGACCGGACCUCGACCAGAACACACGUCCACACCUGUCCUCGUUCACCUGUACGGAGACGACAUGCCGCGCAGACUCUGGUUCCUGCUGCUGUGCUCCGGGAUGGUCCAUGUGGGUGAGUCUGGGACCUGCUGCUGGUUUUCCUGUUUCCAGUGUAGACCUGAUGUCCCUCAUGUCUAAUAGAAGAUAACUCUGGUCAGUUUUAGUUCCUUAUCAAACACAAACAUCAGAUUGGAUGUAAAUUCAGUCUGUAGUCUGAUCCUCUACAUGGAUCUGAGUUGAUCUGCUAUUAAAGCUCCUAUAAGGAGUUUUUCACCUUCAUAGACUGGGACUCUUAUAGAAGUCUCUUCAGGACGGGACCAGACUUCACGAUCCUGAUAUCUAAACCCUGAACCACGUCCUCCUGUCAUGAUCUGUUCAUUUAGUUUCUCACUGGUUUUGUUAUUUAAAGGUGUUUUCUUGAGUGUUCCUGUUCCCCUGUAGUCCGGUCCUGUUUUCAGUCUGACCCUGUUUACCUCCUGUUCUCACUCAGUCUGUUUCCAUGACACUCGAGAAAACCGAAUUAUCGCCUUAUUCCGAUUAAGACCGUAUAACUGAAGGUCAUGUAAACACUUUAGUCCGACUAUAAUCUGAGUUUGAGAACUCAGAUUAAGACACUCAGAUAAUGAGAUUGGAAUUCGAUUUUCUCUCCCAUGUAACCAGCGUAGUCGGAGUAUGAUGCCACGCCCCCGUAACCCCGUAACAAACCCCCAGAGUAGAGGAGUAGCGUUGGUCUCCUCUUUAGAAAAAGUAGCGCGUCCAUCAUGUCGGACAAAAACAACGCUGUACGAUGCUCCAUCUUCUUGUUUCUCCAAAAUGCCCAGCAGCAGUUGUAGACACUUCUGACGUCUGACACCGACCUGCUGUUGUUGUUGACGGUUGUAAAGACCCAUAUCGCCCCCUAGUGUUGGGGAGGAGGACACGUUCACGUCAAUAAUUCGAUUUUCUCAGCUGCAUGUAAACGAGGACAAGGAGAGAAGUCUGAUUCAGAGAAAAAGACGAAUUAUGAAUUUAGUCGAUUAAACUGAGACUGUAAACGAACUGAGUGUUUUAUUCUUUAGAUCUUAGUGUUUAUUUCCUGUUUUAUUUUGUAGGAGUUGAUUCCUUGUGUUUCUCGUUUUCCCUCCUUCAUUAAUUACUCGUCUGUUUCACCUGUGUCUCGUUUACCUGUGUGUGUAGUCUCUGUGUUCCCCUCAGUCUUUGUUGGUUCAUUGUGUGUUUGUUGUGUUUGUCUGAUCCUGGAUCUUUGACUCUCUGGUGUCCUCGUGAUUUUUUCUCAGUUUCUUUAGUUUGAUUUUUUGGGUUGGACAUUUUAAGGUCGUUUUUUGUUGCUUCUUUUCAUUUGGUCCUUUUUGCUGAAAUAAAUCCUUGAACCCUGAACCCCGACACUAACAGGACGUCAUCAGUGCAGCUAAACUCAGACAAAGACCCAAAAGUUCCUCACUGGGACUUUAAACAGGAACUUUUGAUCUGCUCGGUGAUUUCACAGGAACUGGGGUGGUUAUAGUGGAAACUGAAAACAGUAUUUUUCACACUAUAAGGCGCAUUUAAAAUCCUUUUGGUUUGUCUGACUUAGAUCAUCGCUUAGAUCUGACAUAAGAUAACAUAGAGCUACACUAAUAGAUCUGACAAUAGAUAUAAUAGAGCUACACUAAUAGAUCUGACAUUAGAUAACAUAGAGCUACACUAAUAGAUCUGACAUUAGAUAUAAUAGAGCUACACUAAUAGAUCUGAAGUGAGAUAACAUAGAGCUACACUAAUAGAUCUGACAUUAGACAUCAUAGAGCUACACUCUUAGAUCUGACAUUAGAUAACAUAGAGCUACACUCAUAGAUCUGACAUUAGACAUCAUAGAGCUACACUCUUAGAUCUGACAUUAGAUAACAUAGAGCUACACUAAUAGAUCUGACAAUAGAUAUCAUAGAGCUACACUAAUAGAUCUGACAUUAGAUAUCAUAGAGCUACACUAAUAGAUCUGACAUUAGAUAUCAUAGAGCUACACUCUUAGCUCUGACAUUAGACGUCAUAGAGCUACACUAAUAGAUCUGACAUUAGAUAUCAUAGAGCUACACUAAUAGAUCUGACAUUAGAUAUCAUAGAGCUACACUAAUAGAUCUGACAUUAGAUAUCAUAGAGCUACACUAAUAGAUCUGACAUUAGAUAUCAUAGAGCUACACUAAUAGAUCUGACAAUAGAUAUAAUAGAGCUACACUAGUAGAUCUGACAUUAGAUAUCAUAGAGCUACACUAAUAGAUCUGACAUUAGAUAUCAUAGAGCUACACUAAUAGAUCUGACAUUAGAUAUCAUAGAGCUACACUCUUAGAUCUGACAUUAGAUAUCAUAGAGCUACACUCAUAGAUAUCAUAGAGCUACACUAAUAGAUAUCAUAGAGCUACACUUAUAGAUCUGACAUUAGAUAACAUAGAGCUACACUAAUAGAUAUCAUAGAGCUACACUCAUAGAUCUGACAUUAGACGUCAUAGAGCUACACUAAUAGAUCUGACAUUAGAUAUCAUAGAGCUACACUUAUAGAUCUGACAUUAGAUAACAUAGAGCUACACUCUUAGAUCAGAGAUGCUCUCCUCAGCUCUCUGACUGUUGCAGGUCUGGUCCAGCUGAAGGUCACCUCUUUCUUCUUCUUCUUCUUCAGGUUUUGGACUUCGCUGUUAUAAGUGUGCCGAUUACACGGGGCGCUGUGAGAACGUUCAGGAGUGCACCUACGAGGACUCCUGCAUAUCUCUGAGUGAAAGAGGUCAGUUCUCCUCGUCUGUGAUUAGAGGAGCAGGAGGCGCUGACCUCCUCUAAGUUCUCCUGUAGGACAUUGUUGAGAGGAGCAGGAUGAAGGUGUGGAGAUUACGAGCUUCUUUUCAUCCCUCUGUUUUAAAGAUAAUCCUGUGUGGGUCACAAACCUUCAUCCUUCAGAAUUCAGGAGAACUUGUGUUUGCAUGUGUGUGACUUUUCUGUGUUGUUGUUUGUUAUAAGUGUGUGUUUGUGUGUGUUUGUGUGUCCAGGUGGGAAAACCAUCCGUCAGUGCAUCAGGUACACCGACUGCGAUAACUCGCGUCUCACUCAGAUGUUCCCGGCGAUCUCGGGCUUCACGUACCGAUGCUGCAGCAGCAACCUGUGCAACUCCAGCAACGCCGUUACCACGGCAACGUCCAUGCUGGCGCUGGUGGGGUCCCUGCUGAGCAGCUGGUGGUGCUGGACCUGAAAGAAGCUGCAGGACGCCGGGCUUCACAGUCUCUGUUAACACGAACUAAACGUGGAGGUGGUGGAUGAUGAUGUUAGCGCUCACAGGUUCUCAGGUCUCAUCGUUCAUCAACGGUUUCUCAUGUUUGCUAAUUUUCAUGUUUUUUCACCAGUUUAACAAUAAAAACAAGAAAAUCAAAACUUUG